GGCACACAUCAUCACACCCGUGCACGCACCCUCUAGCAUCGACGCUUGUCAUCGCUGAAAACCACAGAGUACACUGCUCUGCUCUUUCUUCUUUCUGACUUCAACCCUCAUCAACACCAGACUGGAUUUUGUCUAGCUCUUACGCACGCACGCGCACCAGUUAUCAUCACUUUGGAACCAAAAAAGAAAGCCCGAUCAUUUUUUUUUUUUUGCGCAGUGACACACAUAGAAGGCAACACUUACAUAGAUCCUCUUUCAUAAAGUAAACUACAGUACGUUGACCAAUUAUACUCGCCGCUACUCCUCCCACCCACCCCACCCCCCUCCUCCGGUUUUCAUACGUUCAGCUCCAAUCGAUGGAGGAAGGGAGCUAUUCGCUGUCUGUUCUCCUCUGUUCAUUUGCUGUGAGAAUCGAGCGGACCUGCCUUUCCCGCAUUCUAACCGAAGUCCGCCGUCGCAGCCGAAGCUGAAUAAACUGUUGCGCGUUUUUCUUAAUUUUUGUGUUGUUGUUGUUGUUUUUAGCGGGUCGCCUCGUGUGUGUGGCGAGAGAGAGGCGAAAGGAAAUGGCGGCCAUGGCGGUGCGCGUGCGCGUGCCCAAGCCCAAGACGACGGUGAGCGCCGUCCGGGGCAGAGUUCUCGUCUUCGCGGAAGACGGUGAGCGCAUUGGGCAGUGGGGCGGCUCGGAAUGCUUUCUUUCCCGCCAGAACGGCCUCGGCCCCUGCCUCGUCGUGCGCUCCAGUCGGCACAAGCGGCACGAGGGCACCUUUUUCCAGCUGGCGCGGCUGCAGCGUGUGUUGUCGACGCACGUGGCGCAGGGGAGGCUGACGGUGGUGGUGCCCCACGAGCGCCGCUUGUGUAGCGUGUACGUUGAGACGACCGAUGACGUGGACGAGCUGCGCAUGAUGGCGGGGGUACUGCAGGACAAGUCGCGGUGGAAGGACAUGGAGCGCAAUGUGGCGUCGAAGUCGCAGCGCGGGCCGCGGAGCGGCGGGGGUGGGGCGCUUGAGGUGUCAAGCGGAGGUGGCGUGAGUGGGGGUGGUGGAAGCGGUCGCGAUAGUGCGGUGGGUCUGCGAGAUCCUCUGCGGGCAUCGUUGUCUGGUCGAGGAGCCGGAGAGGAAGACGAGGAGAGUGAGAAGGACAGCGAUGCAGACAGCGUCGAUGACGCGUACGGCGCUCGCUACGGGGCAGAAGUUCGCGCGCAUGGAUACAAAAUGGUUGCCGCAGCGGCACCUGAAGGCGAGAAAGAACCGUCUCAGCCAGUCAUCACCGGUGGUUCCACAACGACGGGCACAGCAGCGGAGAAAGCGUCGCCCGUUCGCAGCGGGGCUGCGGCCUCUGCCUCCCCUCUUGUGACGUCCACCUCCGCUUCGGCCAGCGCGACACAAGACUUCACCCCGGAACAGCGCCGCGCAGUGCAGCUGCUCCGUAGCGGCCACAACGUGUUCAUCACCGGGGCAGCCGGCACCGGCAAGACGGAGUGGCUCCGCUGCGUCCUCCGGCACGUCCUCGCCUCCAAAGAACACGGACACGACGCGGUCAGCGACGGAGAGGAGCGCGUCAGCAGUGACACCGACGAUGACGUUGGCAGGAGCCGUGUAGCGGUCACCGCCGCCACCGCCGCCGCCGCCCGUCGCAUCGGCGGCACCACCGUCCAUUUGUUUGCCGGCAUCGGCCGCGGUGAAGGCGACCCCGCCGUCGUGCUGCACCGCAUGCAGAACCGCCCCGACGUGGUGCGGGCGUGGCAGCAAUGUGAGGUGCUCGUGAUCGACGCGAUCCACCUGCUGCCGGCGCACACGUUUGCGCUGCUGGACCGCCUCGCGCGGGUGCUCCGUGCGCCGCUAUCUGAGAAAAAGUCCCCGUCGCCGGCGGUGAUGGUGGCGGACAACGCGGCUUUGCCGUUUGGCGGGCUGCAGCUCGUCGUCGUCGGGGACUUCCUUCAGCUGCCGCCGCCCUCCAGCGGUGCGGGCGAGGAGGCCCAACCCGCCUUUGCCUGUACGGCCUGGCAGGCGUGUCAGCUGGAGGCCGUAGUUUUUACAAAGGACCACCGGCACGCGGCGGACGAAGCGUUUGCGCGGUGCUGCGACGAUGUCCGCCGUGGUGCGUGCACCCCGCUCGUGCAGGCGGUGCUGACCCCCUGCGUCAAUCGGCGGCUGGAGAGUCGGGGCGGGGUAGAGGCGACGACCGUGAUGGCGCAUCGCGCGGAUGCCGACCGCUACAACGCGCAGCGACUGCAGCAGCUCGACUCCGUCGCCUUCCAGCGCUACGCCUCGGAGGACUACGCCGCUGAGCCGGGCGCUGACAUCGACAGCGAGCUGCCGCUGCCUGCCGUGGUCACCUUGAAGGAAGGCGCGCAGGUUGUCCUGCUGGCCGCCCUGCCCGGCGCGCCGCAGCUCUCGGGCGGUGAUGUGGGGAUUGUCGUUGGCUUUGCGCCGCAAGCCCACGGCCCCGCCCCGCCGAAGGUGCGCUUCACGACAGGGAUGGAGGCGGUGGUGGUCCCGGCGGUGACCAUGUCGGUGCGCGACCGCGAGGGGCGGCUGACGCUCCGUCGUCGACAGCUGCCGCUGCAACUGGCGUGGGCGUUGUCGGUGUACCAUGUGGAGGGGCUGACGCUGCCGAUGGUCCGCCUUGCGCUGGACGCGUCGCUUGGCACAGCUGCAGAGACGUACGUUGCGCUGUCGCGUGUGCGCCGGGCGGCGGACGUAUCGCUCACGGCGUUCGAUGCGGCGGUCAUUGGGCGUGUCUCGGGUGCGGCCCGCGAGUUCCACGACGGACUUUUGCCCAGCACGAAGGACGCUGCGUCGGUGGGGUUGUCGCCGGCGUCGUCCGCGACGGUGGAAGCGAGCGACAGGGCGCGUGAGAGAGACGUUGUUGCCGUUGACGCGGCGGCUGGGGAAGCGGGAGGCCGCCGUCGGCCACGCAGCGGCAGCCCCGAUGACGACGAGGGCCGUCUUGGUGCCAGGAAGACAGAAGACCCUUCGUGGAGCGCCGCGACGCGGAUGGAAAUGCCGCUGUAA